AUGGACGUUGACGAACCUUUGCUACUGUUUCGCUCCCAGUAUUUGCAGUGCGUGGAUCACGAUUUUCUUGCGUGGCCGCCAUCCACACUACUAAGGCAACCUGAUGCCCUGCAAUUCCUUUUCAGGCGGAUGUUUGAUACGGAGAAACUGCUGCAUAGGCCACCAGUUCAGUACGAGCUCAGGAUACUGAAGACGUUGGUCACCAAAAUCGAAAGGGUCACUGGCCAAGGUGUUUCAGGUAGUCCAUUUCAAAACCUCAGGAGACGACUUACAGAUCUAGAGAAUCAAGAAACAUCUCAAGGUCCUUUAGCCACGCAGGACGCGUAUCUCACAUAUAAUUGCACCAGUUCGCUUAGCUCGUGGCGGCCUGUUAUCCUCCACGAAUCGCGCUCCAGAAUCUCAGGGUCGUCGCGAACCGGGCAUCGCACCUGGGAGGGUGCUUUGCAUCUCGCCUCUUACCUAUUGUCUAGUCCAUCAAUUAUCGAUGGACUUCGCGUGCUAGAACUCGGAGCUGGUACAGGCUUCUUGAGUAUCCUGUGUCGGAAAUACCUCAAUGCUCAGUACGUAACCGCUACAGAUGGUGACGAUAUGGUUGUUGCAGAGAUGCAAGAAAACCUGCUUCUGAAUGGCCGACGCGAAAGCGAUAAUAUCGUUGCGCGAAAGCUUUGGUGGGGAAGUGAUCUAUCAGGCAACUGGAGGGAACGUGUUGGUGAAACAGAGUUCGAUGUUGUGAUUGCUGCAGAUGUUAUCUAUCAAGAAGAAGCGACAAGAUCACUGGUACAAGCACUACGCGCCAUCAGUGAUAGGCAACCUGGAGUCAAAAUCCUCAUGGCAAACGCACUCCGAUUCCCGAAUAUAUUCGAAAUCUUCAGGCAUGAGUGUGAAUACAACAACUUGUCCAUACAUGUCGUCAAAUACCAGAUGACGCCGCCACCAAAACAGAAAGCUUUGUUUUACUCCACAGCCAUGCCGCUACAAAUCGUCGAGAUCAGAAAUUGCCGGAAACCAGAGACGUCUUGA